UCGCCGCCGUAUAAAUAAAAAAACCCUCCUUUUUCUCAUCUCGUUAUUGCUCUCUUUAAUCAUAAUUAACAAUUCUCGAUUAAUUCACAAAUCCCUUCGAUCUUUCUGCUCUUCGAUCUGUGGAAAUGGCGGAUCAGCUCACCGACGAUCAGAUCUCCGAGUUCAAGGAGGCCUUCAGCCUGUUCGAUAAGGACGGAGACGGUUGCAUCACAACUAAGGAAUUGGGCACCGUAAUGCGUUCCCUCGGCCAGAACCCAACGGAAGCAGAGCUCCAGGACAUGAUAAACGAAGUAGACGCCGAUGGCAAUGGCACCAUCGACUUCCCCGAAUUCCUCAACCUGAUGGCUCGCAAAAUGAAGGACACCGACUCCGAAGAAGAGCUCAAGGAGGCAUUCCGAGUUUUCGACAAGGAUCAGAAUGGUUUCAUCUCCGCUGCUGAGCUCCGUCACGUGAUGACUAAUCUUGGUGAGAAGCUGACUGAUGAGGAGGUGGAUGAGAUGAUAAGGGAAGCUGAUGUUGAUGGUGAUGGUCAGAUUAAUUACGAGGAGUUUGUGAAGGUUAUGAUGGCAAAGUGAGGGUUGGUCGCGUGUGCUUUGGUUUGGAGAUGUUUUCAAGCUAGUUGUUCCGAUCAGUUUUAGUUAUGAAAAUGGGAUUUUUCUUCUUGUUGUGUUCUGGCUUUAAUUGUGAACGGUUUCUACGAAUAUGGAAUUUUUUACUUUCUGUAUGUUUAUGUUCUGCCUGUUUUUCCCCCUCUUCUGACUGCUGCGAGAUUGUAAUAGUGAAUGUUCUCCUAAAGAUUUAUAAUUUUGGAGGGAUGCAUACAUUCUAGCUGCUAA